GCACAGUGACUCGCAAACUACGAGAUAUCAUAACCUCAAUCGCUGUGACGGGAUCUCUUGUCAAGUUUCGGGGAUUUUUUUGGGUAUUUGGAGAUCAUUUGAGUAUUCGGGGAGAGAAAAUGCCGGAGAGCACGAAGGCUGAGGCUAAGACGUCGAAGGAUGUCAAGGCUAGCAAAGAGGAGGAGAAAAAUGAUAUGUCGGAAGAGGACAAGCUCCUGCAGGAGGAGCUGGACACAUUCGUGGAGCGUCUGCAGGACCCUGACAAGAAGCACCACUACCCGGCGCUGGAGGCCCUCCGCGCGAAGAUCCGCGAAUCAACGACCUCAAUGACGAGUGUCCCAAAGCCCCUGAAGUUCAUGCGCCCCCACUACGACACAAUGAAGUCCAUCUACGACAAGCUGACCGACAAAAAAUCCCAGGAGCUCUGCGCGGACAUCAUCUCAGUCCUCGCGAUGACGAUGGGCGAGGGCAGAGAGUGCCUGAAAUACCGUCUAACAGGUUCAGCCUCAGAGCUCGGCGAGUGGGGCCACGAGUACGUGCGCCACUUGUCCGGUGAGCUGGCAGCCGAGUGGGACGAGGUAAACGGUGGUGAGGACGCCGAGACCAACACCGAAAAACUGAUCACCCUCGUCCAGGAGAUCGUCCCCUACAACAUGAAACACAACGCCGAGACUGAAGCCUGUGACCUCCUCAUGGAGAUCGAGAGACUGGACCUCCUGGAGCAGUACGUCGACGAGAGUGCUUACCAGAGGGUCUGCCUGUACCUCACCAGCUGCGUCCCCUACGUGGCGGACCCUGAGAACAGCACCCUCCUGAGGGCAGCCUGGAAGCUCUACAGAAAAUUCAGACAGUACCCCCAAGCCCUGCGCCUGGCAAUGCAGCUGAACGACCUGAACCUCGUGGGCUACAUCUUCCUGAGCUGCACAGACCUCUCGAUGCAGAAGCAGCUGGCCUUCAUGCUGGGUCGUCAACAAAUCUUCCUGGAGCUGCCAGAGUCCACAGCUGAGUACGACGACCUGGUGGAGAUAAUGUCCAACUCCCACUUGAACAAUCACUUUUUGAACUUAGCUCGAGAGCUGGACAUCAUGGAGCCCAAGACCCCAGAGGACGUCUACAAAUCCCACCUGGAGAAUUCUCGUCCACCGUUCGGUGGGGGCCAGGUGGACUCUGCCCGUCAGAACCUGGCAGCAUCCUUCGUGAAUGGGUUCGUGAAUGCUGCCUUUGGACACGAUAAACUGUUGAUAGAGGAUGGAAACAAGUGGCUGUACAAGAACAAGGAGCAUGGGAUGUUGUCAGCGACUGCAUCACUGGGGCUAGUCCUCCUGUGGGACGUCGAUGGAGGUCUGACGCCCAUCGAUAAAUACCUGUACUCGUCUGAGGACUACAUCAAGUCGGGAGCACUGCUGGCUUGUGGAAUAGUCAACUGUGGAGUGAGGAACGAGUGCGAUCCUGCCCUGGCUUUGCUCUCAGACUACGUUCUCCACAACAGCAACACAAUGAGGAUUGGGGCCAUUGUGGGGUUGGGGCUGGCUUAUGCUGGGUCCAAUCGAGAGGCGGUUCUGACGCUUCUUGCCCCAGUCUUGACUGAUCCAAAAUCCAACUGGGAGGUCAUUGGAGUCGCUGGUUUAGCCCUGGGAAUGGUGGCUGUUGGAUCCUGCAAUGAAUUCGUCACCACUAGCAUCAUGCACUGCCUCAUGGAGAAGUCUGAGACUGAGUUGAAGGACACUUAUGCUCGUUUUCUGCCUCUAGGGCUUGCUCUGUGCUUCCUGGGAAAGCAGGAGGCUGCUGAGGCCAUUAUUGCUGCCCUCGAGGUGGUCCCUGAGCCCUUCAGGUCCAUGUCAACUACUCUGGUGGAGGUCUGCGCCUAUGCUGGGACUGGGAACGUCUUGAAGAUUCAGCACCUCUUGCAUAUCUGUUCAGAGCACUACGAACCGAGUUCUGAUAAGGACGAGAAGUCCGAUCGUAAUCAGAAGGACUCCAAGGAGAAGAAGGAUGAUAAAGAUAAAGAGAAGGAGAAGGAGAAAGACAAGGAUAAGAAGGACUCCAAGGAGAAGGACGAUAAGGACAAGCAGAAGGAGAAGGAUCUGAGUUCAAAGCAGGCAAUUGCUGUUCUUGGAAUUGCUCUCAUCUCCAUGGGAGAGGAGAUUGGGGCGGAGAUGGCGUACAGGACUUUCGGGCAUUUGCUGAGGUACUGCGAGCCUGUCAUCAGACGAUCUGUCCCACUAGCCCUUGGACUGAUCUCUGUUUCCAAUCCUAAACCGAAUAUUGUGGACACUCUCUCGAAAUUCUCUCAUGACAGUGAUCCUGAGGUGGCUCACAAUGCCAUCUUUGCGAUGGGAUUGGUCGGGGCUGGGACUAAUAAUGCAAGACUGGCUGCUAUGCUCAGGCAAUUGGCUCAGUUCCAUGCAAAGGAUCCUAAUAAUUUGUUUAUGGUGAGGAUUGCUCAGGGACUGACGCAUUUGGGGAAAGGUACUCUCACUCUGUCGCCUUAUCACAGCGAUCGACAGCUUCUCAGUCCUGUUGCUCUUGCUGGUCUUCUUGCGACGUUGAUUGGCUUCCUGGAUGUCAAGAAUAUCAUCCUGGGAAGGUCUCACUAUCUUUUGUAUACUCUUGCUUCUGCCAUGCAGCCCAGGAUGCUCGUCACCUUCGAUGAGGAAUUGAAUCCUCUUCCUGUACCGGUUAGGGUUGGUAUUGCUGUCGAUGUCGUGGGGCAGGCUGGAAAGCCCAAGACCAUCACUGGGUUCCAGACACACACGACACCUGUUCUACUUGCUUAUGGAGAGAGGGCUGAACUCGCUACUGAGGAGUACAUACCACUUACACCGAUUAUGGAGGGAUUUGUUAUUCUGAGAAAAAAUCCGGAAUUCGUUCCUUAGGUUUAGAUUACAGUGAUAACAGCCACUUACUUUAUACUUCAUUUUUAAAUAAAAUAAAUUAAUUUUUUUUCUUGAACUAAAUUGCGUUUUGUAAGAUGUUGAGGAGAUUGGGAGGAGUUAUCCUAAUUUUUUUGUGGAUAUUCUUGAGGAUAUUUAUGAGGAUUUUUAAGGACAGGGGUUUAUAAAUCGAAUUGCUGGAUAUCGAUGGUGGGUUUGGAAGGGAAUGUAGACAGAGAAAAUUACAUUGAUAACAAGUUUUUUCAAUUUUCAUCGUUUUUAAUUCAAUUUCAAUUCAACUGAUUUAUUUGCGUUUUAAACAAGUACAACCUUGUGCUGGAAUACAAAUAAAAAUAAUUAAAUAGUUAUAGAAUUUUGCAAAACUGGUUGCCAUGCUCAGGCAAUUAACUCAGUUCCAUGCAAAGGAUCCUAACAAUAAAAUAACUUCCCUAGGUCGGGAAGUUGAUAAAUAAAUUUUUUUUCGUGAAUUAAAUUCCGUUUUGUUAGAUCAUUCGGAGAUUGGGAAGAGUUAUCUUAAUUUUUUGUGGAUAUUCUUGAGGAUAGGUUGUUUGGCGAACAAAGUUGAAGGCGAGUGGGAGAGUGCAUAAAACGACUUUCAAGAUAUUGAAGGUGUUUUACUGUUGACAGUUAGAAUCUUCUUAAUUGAGGUGGAAUGUGGGUAGGGAAAAUUGUAUUCACAACAAUUUUUCAUCAAUUCUCAUAUUCAAAUAAAUUCAAUUCAUUUGUUGCCGUUUUCAACUGAUACAACUUUAUUCCUGCAUACAACUAAAAUUCUCUAAAUAAUUAUAGUAUUUUUAAAGACAAAAAAUUGUUCUUCGUUUUGAAAAGUAUUUUUUUUUUCAAUUCAAGAUGUGAAUCAUGGGAUAGUUGGAAAAUCGGUAAAUCAUAUUAAAUCAUUGUCAAUUUCACGAUAAAAAAGAAACAUACGCCCCUUUGGUUGCGACGACGACAUCAUAAGAAAGAUUUCAUGUCAUAUAAUCCUGAUAAAAAUGAUCGGCGACAAUUUAAUCCUGCAAAAUGAUUCUAUUCAAAUUAAUCCUGGGGAGCGAUUUUGCUCGUUUUAUGUCGACUUAAAAUCAUAAAUUUCAACCAAGUAUUCCGAAUCCAGGACUGUCAUUGGUUGAAAUUUACGAUUUUAUGUCGACAUAAAACGAGCGAAAUCGCUCCCCAGAACAAAAAGAUCCUGAAUGAUUUGAUCCUGAGAUUUUUUUAACGAUUAUAUUGCUAUCAAAAGAAUCUGAUGAGCCGGUAACUGAAAAGAAGAAGCUGAAUAGAAAAUUUGAUGUUAAACUCCUGAAUGUUCUUAAAAGUUGUAACAGAAAUAAUAUCCUUAAAGUAUCUCGAGGGAAUCGCUUAUAAUAUUAAUUAUUGAAUUGUGCCCGUGUGGCUUUCAACAAUUUAAGUUGUCUGAACACAAUUUUUUUGAUGACGUCAUUAAUUUUUCAUGUUUGUUUUUUUAUUCAUUAAGUAUUUGACCAUACGAUUCGGACAAUUAUUUUAAUAUUUCAUGAGUGCAUGUUUGUUAUGAUAUUUGGGGACUUGGCAACAUUUUUCACGGAUUGAUAUCAGCACCAUGUCUACAUGUUUACGUUUCAUAAAUAAAUGGUUGUAAUUUGUUGAGUA